AUGCCCCCCAAAUCUUUGCUUGUCGCCUCCGCCCAGGCCAUGGCCGCGUCCAAGAGGAAGGCGCCAGCGGGCGGUCGCAGGAAGAUGACUUUGGCGCAGGAGGAGGCCUCAAAGAGGCCAGAGGACAUCGCGCGCGUUGUGAACCGCAACAUCCUGCGCAUGUUCGGCAACGCGAUACCGCCCGCCGCAGUGGGCGUCGUGCAGGUCAAUGGGGUGACCAUGUGCCGGAAGAUGAUCCAAGACAGGACUGCGCUGCUUGCUGCGGGCAAGGUCCGGGCGGAUCCAGAGUAUUUCGGUGACAUCAAGCGGAUGUACAUGGCUGCGCUGUCAGGCCAGACGCUCGCGGUGCCCGCGAACCCUAGCCGGGAGCUCCACGACGGCCUGGCGGAGGCCAUCGCUGUUGCGCGAGCGCGGCAGCGUCGGGAUCGCAAGAAGGAGCCCCUCAUCCAUUGGUUGCGCCAGCGGCGCACGAAGCUGAACCAGAAGUCCGUGGUGAAGAUCGUGGACCUUCUCGUGGAGCUGCAGGUCGCUGGCUGCCCCAAGUUCGGGGGCCUCGUGGUGCAGGUCUUCUCCGCGUUCGAACGUUUGAAGAUGUUGGAGGACUACAAGAAGGAGCUCGGCGUCGCCAUGCCAGGGUUGGAGGAGGGCUUGAAAUCGCUCUUCGCCGAGGAGUCGAGAAAGGACACGGAGUACGACGUCUCCAUCUUCUGGAAUAAGUACAGGACGACGGCGGGCACGUUCCUGGAUCCAGCCAUGGUGGAUUCGGUUUUGUCGGAGGAGGAUAGCUGGGAGAACGUGACCUCCCAACUCAGCGCCCUUUCGACUGGGUCCAAGCUCGGCGCCGAGUUGUUCCUCGACUUCUGCCCCGAGGUCGUGGCGGCGCACGCAUGCGGCUACAUGAAGGACCAGGCCGCCGUCUUUGCCGCCUCGGACAAGCCGGUGAACCCCGAUGCGCUGGGGGAGCUCUCGGAUGGCAUGCUGGCGGAGGCAAGCCGGCUCAAGAUAGACAAGAUGGUCACCGUGGGGAAGGACUACGAGAUCCCGUUCAUGGAUUCGGUUGCCACGUUGAAGUGCGACACCAGCGUUGACCUCGCUCACCGCCACGUCCAGGCCAUGGUGAAGACGCUGGCAGUCAAGCACGGCAAGUUGGAUUUGAUGUCCAUUGAGCAGGAGAUCCGCGGUCAGCAGGCCAUCGUCCAGACCACGCGGGAGUUCGCCGAAUCCGUUCUGAAGCCGUUCAGAGACGCGCGGAAGGAGAUGUACAGGGUGUCGAAAACAGCGGUCUUCAAUGAGCCUGGCGACGUCCCGGACUUCAUGGAGUCUAAGAGGGGGCUCUGGGAGAACACCGACGAGACGUUCGAUCUCGAGGUGGCCUACAUGAGGAAAUUGGCUGGCACGGAGGGCGGCGCCUUCCUCGUGACGCAGGCCAUCGACGAGCUUCCCGACGGCACGAAGGUGCUGAAGUUCGGGGACUGUCUGCUGAAGCUGCGGGCUCUGACUGGGACGAGGGCCUGGCAGUUCGCGAGCCCCACGUCGCAGGGCGUCGUCAACAGCCUGGUCGCCAUGAUCGCGAAGAUGGAGCGCGGCGAGGGCCCCUGCGCUGCGGAGUUCCCGGCAAACACCCCGAUGGGGCAGGCGGGCCAGCGCGUGGCUAACUUCUGCGCUGCCAAGAAGUCAGAAGAGGUCGAUGGCGUCGCUACGGAGACCCAGGUCUACGGCAUGGAGGCGCUCACGCUUCGCAUCAACGAGGCCAAGAAGGCAGUGGACGAGAAGACCUUGAAGGACCUCGGCCCUGUGACUGCAUGCCAGGUUUACCGGUGGCUGCUGAGCUCGGAGAAGGCCCAGGAGCUCGACGUGAUUUCUCGGAAGGCUUACGAGCUUGUGACUAAGGGCGCCGCGGCCGCGAGCCAGGGCGAGAAGAAAGCUGGCGCGGCGGUGGAACACAUGGUGGCAGCGCAUACUUCUGCGAAGGCGGCGAAGGCCUUGAAGAAGGCCGCUGCGAAGCCUGCGCCCGCCAAGCCAGCCAAGAAGAAGGCCAAGAAGUCAUGA